ACACUAAUGCUGGGCAUACACUGUGCGAUUUUUGGAAUCGCGGUAUUCAGCUGCUGCUCAUACUGUACGAGUGAAUCGCAAGGGUUAAAACGUCGCAGCUCACGAUUCCCGUUCUCACACUGUACGAUCCGAUGGUCUGAUGCGAUCUGGCUGCUCACACUACACGACACGUCGGACUCGGUCGGACUGACCGGAAUUGCAAGAAGAAGAAGCCGGAAGUGGGAGAUGCUUGGAUUCUCACAGAUGCUUUCCUGAGAUGAUGCUACUCACCAAAGAAAAGCGCGUUGCUCUGGCAAUUUGUGCCAUUCUGUGUGCAGACAGCAAAAAAAAAAGACGACGGCGACGUGUAUGGACGAGGAAAUGGCUUGGUAGACGUGGGCAGUAUGGCCUGUCAAUUCUUCAACGAGAGCUGGAGGUUGAUGAUAUGAGGGGUUUUCGGGACCUCCUCAGAAUUUCUGUAGAGGAGUUCUAUUUUCUUCUGGAGAGGGUUACUCCUCACAUUGUGAAGCAGGAUACUCACCUCAGGAAGGCCAUCAGCCCUAAGGAGAGGCUUUCUGUUACCCUUAGAUUUUUGGCAACAGGCGAGACCUUCAACUCGUUGAGUUUCCAGUAUAGGAUUGGAAGCACCACACUGAGCAGGAUCGUCAUGGAAACAUGCACAGCCCUUACCUCUGUGUUGCGUGAAGAUUACUUGAAGACACCAUCAACUGAUGCCGAAUGGAAGGCCAUUGCCAGCGACUUUUACCAUAAGUGGCAGUUUCCCCAAUGCUUGGGGGCUAUAGAUGGCAAACACAUUUUCAUCCAACCCCCUGCCAAGAGCGGAAGCCUGUUCUACAACUACAAGUCACGAUUUUCCAUCAUUCUCAUGGCUGUAGUGGAUGCUAAUUACAAGUUCGUCUACGCGUCCGCAGGGACACAGGGAAGGGUGUCAGACGCAGGAGUGUUUGCGCAUUCGGACCUGAGGGAGGCGAUGGAUAAAGGCACCCUGAACUUCCCCCCUGUGGAAACCCUGCCAGGCACUGACGCUGUGAUGCCAUAUGUGCUGGUUGGUGAUGAGGCUUAUCCUCUCCGCCCUGACCUCAUGAAGCCAUUCCCCCACAGAAACCUCAACACCAACCAACGCAUCUACAACUACCGCCUGUCCAGAGCACGACGUGUGGUAGAAAAUGCAUUCGGAAUUCUGUCAAACCGCUUCAGAGUUUUCAGAACCACAAUCUGCCUGGAACCUGACAAGGUUGUGAAGAUUGUCUUUGCCUGCAUGUGUCUUCACAAUUUCCUGCGGCAACGCAGAUCAGAUGCCUAUGUACCACCUGGGUAUGUAGACACAGAAGAUGCCAACCACAGGCUCAUUGAAGGAGCAUGGAGACGGGAGGGAGGUCUUCAGUCAGUUGCGAUGGGACGAGCAAGAAACCCUUCAGUGGAAGCGAAAAUGCAGCGGGACCUCCUUUGCAGCUACUUUCAGACACCUGCAGGGAGUGUGUCUUGGCAAGAAGGCAUGGUGUAGGAGAUGAGACAACCAAAUUGUCUGAGAAAAGUUACCAAGUCAUUAUUUUUGUGUUAUUAUAAAAUGACAGUUCACUUCUGUAUUUGAAGAAACAUUACUCUUUGUUUAUUGAACAUGUAUAAAAACUAUGUACAGAAACAUUAAA